GCAGUCGCACCAAACAAACAUGGCCGCCACGCAGCAGAAAGACAUGAGUUCGUCAAACACGAAUGAAAAAGACACCAACGCGGUGGAAAUAGACGGCCUUUCCUCCAUUAAUCACGACGAGCAACCCGAAAAGAAAGACAUACCCACCGACGACCAAGAAACAGCGGCCCCCUUUAAAAAACCAGCGUUCUUCGCGGUGCCUUCUCUUGCUCGCAAACGCAGUCUGAACGCCGCUGCUCCAUCCAAACCAGAAGCUGAGACAAGAAUCAAGGAAGAACUCGGCGACGCUCCAGUUGUUAACCCUAAUUGUGAGUUAUCAGCGGAUGAUAACAAAACGCCACAAGAGAAUAUAAACACUGAUAAACAUAGAGACCUUUCUCCGGUGAAGGUGAAAGCAGAAGCUAAACAGAAAACAUGCCAGGUACCGCCUGCUGGCAACAUCCCUCCCGUCCCGUACGCAGAGCCGCAGUGGGCUGGCCCGCCACCAGACGACGCGUAUGCUCUUGAAAUUCUAAAAAACGGCACCAUAGUAGACCGGGUGCCCCUCACGCUGAAAAGUUACUUUGUGGUUGGACGUUUACCGGUGUGCGACGUCUCUCUGGAGCAUCCUUCUAUCUCCAGGUACCAUGCUGUCAUUCAAUACCGCCAGCAGCCCGGCGAGACGAGAUGUGUGGGUGAGGAACCCGGCUUCUACGUCCACGACCUCAGCAGCACGCACGGUACUGUCGUCAACAAGAAUAAGAUUCCUCCUAAGACGUACAUCAGACUCCGUGUUGGACAUGUCCUCAAGUUUGGAGGCAGCACAAGACUUUUCAUCCUCCAGGGUCCAGAAUUCGACGAGGAAGAAGAGUCUGAACUAACAGUGACAGAGCUGAGGGAGCAAUCUAGGAAACAGAGGGCUGAGCUUGAAAAGAUAAUGAUGGGAGAGGGAUCUGAGAAAGAGGAGCGGGAGGAGAAAGUUGAAGGCGAAGGUGACAAGAGGAAACUGUCGAGUGAAGAAUCUGGAUGUUCAUGGGGAAUGGCUGAGGAGCCUGUUCCAGAGGAAGAUGAGAACGAGGAAAACCCUUUCUCAACCGAGUUCCAUGAAGACCAGGAAGCUGCAUACUUAAAGGACCCUAAGAAGGCUUUGCAGGGAUUUUAUGACAGGGAAGGGGAAGAGCUGGAGAUUGAGUAUGAAGAUCAAAAUCAUGGCACCUGGCUCUGCAGAAUAAAGCUGCCAGUGGACGACGCCCUGGGCCGACAGCUUGUUGCCGAGGUGACCCACACGGGCAAGAAGAAAGAAGCAAUGGUCCAGUGUUGUCUGGAAUCCUGCAGGAUGCUUGAGGCUAGAGGAGUGCUGCGCCAGGAAGCAGUUUCCCGCAAGCGCAAGAAAAAGAACUGGGAAGAUGAAGAUUACUACGACAGCGACGAUGACACCUUCCUGGAUCGGACUGGCACCGUUGAGAAGAAGAGGCAAGAGAGAAUGAAGAAAGCAGGAAAGAUUCAACAGCGAACCGAGACUUAUGAAUCAUUGAUUGCCAAGCUGUCAGAGGUGGAGAAGGAGGUGGCAGAGACACAGAAAAAGCUUGGCACGGGUGGGAAAGAUGCCUCCAGCUCUUCCAACGAUGACACAUUGGAUGCGUUCAUGACUGCUGUGCGCAGCGAGGCAGCCAUGGAUGCCGUGGAGCGCAGGAAGCUUCACGUGCACGUUGCACACCUGCGCAAAGACGCCCAGCGGCUCCGCAAACUGGUGGAACUCACACGGCCCACACAGCUGCCCUCACUGCUCCCCAGUUCGAGCGGCUCAGAAUCCGAGAAACCAAAGAAGGCCUUGCCCCUUUUUGGUGCCAUGAAGGGAGGAAGAAAGUUUAAGCUGAAGACUGGCACACUUGGGAUGUUGCCUCCUAAGCAGCCCAGCUUGCCUCCCGAACUCUUCAUCAUGAAGGAACUUCCCCCUGGAGGAGAGGAAGAGGAGGAGGAGGAGGAAAAAGAUACAGUGUCCGAAAAAACUGUUGACCCUGAAGAGUCGACCAACGUCAUAUCCCAAGAGACUUCAGGACAGGAAGAAGAGGAAUUAGUGCCACCAAAAGAGCCAAGUCCCAAAAAGAGGACAACUAAACCAUGUGCGGACACUGACCCGCCGCCGCCUCAGAACACAAAACCCAGUUCUAACCCACCAGUUGCUGAAUCCAGAGCCAAGGGUGAUGAGGAGCCUAGUCUGAGAAAGAGAAAGAAAGUGAUGCCGCCAGUGCAGCUCUCAGGCCAGUAUCCUCAAGACGACCCUGAUUAUUGUGUCUGGAUGCCGCCCACAGGUCAAACUGGAGAUGGCCGCACCCACCUUAAUGACAAGUACGGCUACUAAGGGAAUAGACGUCCAUCCUCCACACUCCCGCUGUAUUACUCAGCAAGGCACUUGGAUUGUACUUUGGUGAUAUCGUCUGAGGGAGCACAACUGAUAUCAAGACACGCCCACUGACCCCAUUCACCUCAGCACACAACAGUCCCACUCUUGUCUUUUUCCAAGCAGAAGACACACAAAAUGGUGGCGCAAGAUCGAACUGAUGUGAAUUCAGCUUUUUUUCCCCCCCGACGUUUUUAGUCUCUGGCGGCUCUUCUUACACUUCCAACCACCUGACAUCCAAUCUGUAUCCCUCCCCUCUUUGGCUCCACUUGAUCACAGGCAUUACUCCCCUCCCUCCAAAAGGAGAGUGUAUAGCAGGAAAGCAGCUUUUCUGACCAUCUGGACACUUGGAUGGCUUACUGAAUGAAACACAAGCUGAUAAUGACUCAAGCUACAGUAAGCAGAGUUGUGUGUCAGCACACACACCUUUUCCAAGUUCUCUUUUUAACAGGAUUGUCGUUGGAAGUCAAACAUUGUUAGACAUUUGAGCUGUCACUGCUGCUCCUUUCAUUUAAUUGUUUUUGUCAUGUCGCGCUCAAGUUGUAAUUAUUGUACAAAAAGUGUAAACAAAAAAAAAAAGUGUGUACACAACCGCGCGCUGUGAUGUGAUGCAAUGACCCAUUCAUCAACGACCGUCUUUGGCUCCACACCUUGCAGUCCCCGUUCUCAUACACGCCACAACUGUGACUGGUGUUCAAGUGCGGCCGACACUAGGUCACUCAGUGCAGCGGUCACAGGGCCAAUCGUGGGCUUAAGCCACCUCCUUAGGGGUUAUUAGGGGCACUUACAUAAGGUCAGUUAGGUCUCAACAUAUUCGGUUUAUGUAAGACAAACUGUCCUCAGAUUGGAGAGCACCAAAGGGACGCUUGGUGGUUCAAAAGAUUGUUUAUGAAUACAGGUGCUCCAAGUUGCACUACAGUGAAGUCAGACUCACAAUGCCGGGUAGUAAAUCGCAUAAUGGAGCGAUUGAUGUUCAAUAUUGGUGGGCAUUUUCACUUCCAUGGUGAUGGCAUUCCUUUUCUUUGGCACACUUCCUCUAAGAGGACCUGUCUUACAGCUGGGAAACACGACCAAGAGCAAAAAGUUCAGAGGCGUCCCGAUUCAACUUUUUCACUCUCAGUACGAUACAGAUAUUGAUCCGAUACAAUAUCAACGUUAUCCAUUUUCUACCGCUAGUCCCUCUCGGGGUCGCGGGGAUAGCUGGAGCCUACACAGAGCCCACACAGACAGACAACAUUCACACACUAGGGCCAAUGUAGUGUUGCCAAUCAAGCUAUCCCCAGGUGCAUGUCUUUGGAGGUGGUACCCAAAGGGGAGAACAUGCAAACUCCAAGCACUAACCACUGUACUACCGUGCUGCCGAUAUCAGCACUGAUUAUUUUUUGUGUUUAAUGUUAGAGAGGGCUUGAUCAACCAAACUUGCUCACACAAAACAACGGUAUGUAUAAAAACACUAACCUGUUUUAGACUGCAAUAUUGGACUAAAUUGUGUGCUAUUGUGUGCUUGGCUGUUGUGUAGCUGAUAGCGACUUAUAGCCUCAUAAUGUAUGGGUGUCCUAAUAAAACUUUUUUACUUCCGAUACGAUAUUUAAGCCUUAAGUGUUGGCUGAUACCGAUAGUAAUCCGAUAUAUUAGCAGGAAUCAUAGAUAGAUAAUCCAUCCAUCCAUCCAUUUUCUACCGCUUGUCCCUUUUUGGGAAAUUCCAGUAUUACACGCUUUAAAAAUGUUGUAGUGUGGAAUUGUAGAAAAGGUUUUAUCGAGUGAAAUUAGUUAAACAGAGAACAAGGGUAGGUUUGAAAAACACUAACCCUAUGGUAUCAUAGUAUACAUGUUUAUUAUUUUAGAGUGGUAGAAUGUUGUUAAAGAACUGAGCAAGUAAAAUUAUUUAGAGAAAAAUGGUAGGUAAAAAAAAACAAAAACAUUACAGAUUUAUGCAUUUGAAUUGGAGUGUUAAUUUGUGUUUUGUCGACAUCUAGUGGCCGCAAUAAGUCAUUACGUAAGCUCAUGACGGUAAAUUAAAUGAUGCGGACUCCUUUGUUACUGGAUACUUUCUAGUAUGCUUGUGACUGUUUUGAAGUAAUAUGCACCUAAAAUUAUUUGAUACUUGUAAAUACCUCAUCUUAAGUGCCCCAACUUAAGUGAUUUGAGAUAAGCGCUCUCUCUUGGCUAAUUGUUAUGCUCUAAGUUGCAAGCAAAAAUUAAAGUUACACGAAUCCCCACCAUUAGUUGGCGUAGCAAAUGGCACAGUGAAGCCCGUACGAUUCUAAUAAAACAUCUGGUCUUACUCGCGAGCGUUAGCUUAUAGGUAAAGAUGAACGGAACGUCGUAUUUCCAACUAUGAGAAGGAAGAAAGUGAGCGUGAAGGACAUUGCUGAGAAGAAGAAUUGACUGAAAACGUGUCGCUAACUUGGCGAAACAAUCGUAGCAUAUCACUGCUAGUCUGCACCAUACUGAAGCAGAAUGCGACAAGAAUGUUAGAAUUAUAUCCAAACAGCAUUUAUCCAUGAAAAUAUGGAAAAGCAGCUGAUUGUGUGGAAGGAAAUACCGUAAAAAAAAUUCACUCUCCAUGAUAAAUACUGUACAUUACAUUAUUUAAUCAAACUACUGUAAGUGUUAGUAUACAGUCUAGUGUUUUUAUGAAAUACUUUUAUCUAAAAAUAGUUUUUCUUUUUAAAAGGCAUGUUAAAAUUGUGCUGUUUUGGGGACAGGAUUACAAUUCAUUCCAAAGGGCGAUGUUGAUUUGAGAUAAAGGUGUUUUAAGCUAAGAGUUCUGUCACAGAACCAAUUGAGCGUAUAAAUUGGGGUACUACUGUACUGAAAAUGGGGUUUUAGAAAUGUUCUAAAUGUUUACUUUGUGCAGGACUUUUAUUCCAGUGUCUAGCUUGUGUGCUUAGCUGUUGUGUGGCUGUUAGCUCCUCGUAGCCGAUAGCCCACCCGGUUUAACUCUUGUAAAUAACUUCACCAAAAUACAAGACCAACCUUGUGUGCUUACUGGAAGACAUGUUGUCAUGUUUUUGCAUGGUUGCGGACAGAGUGACCCCAAGGUGCAGGGGCGGCAGGCGACAUGCAGGUAACAAGUUCUUUAAAAUGAAGGACGGUGCAGGAUUGUUUUGCAAACAAAUAGCUAGUGCACACAGCAUGAAGCCACAAUAGACAAUGAGCCAGCAAGUGAAGGAGGAACUAAUUAACAACAAAGAACAGGUGUGUUGGCAGGGCAAGGAACAGAAAGUAAAGGGGGCUGUAUACCAUAGAAACCAAACAGGAAAUCAUGGAAACAAAAGAAAACAAUCAGCAUAACCAAAAAUCUGUCACGCGUACCAGUUAUAUAAUUCGAUACUUGUUUUUUUGCUGAUAUCGGACCAAUAUCUGAUAUCAAAGUCGAAUUGGGACACCUUUACUAAUAAGUGAUGUUAUCCUUCCUCAGUAUCUGUAAGCAGGAAGUGUAUUUUUCCACUGUAACUACUCGUAUUUACAGACCAAAAUGAGGGUUUUAAUGAAUUUAUGGGAGCAUGUCCAAAACCAGGCAGCACGGUGGAAAAGGGGUUAAUGCGUGUGCCUCACAAUAAGAAGGUCCUGGGUUCGAUCCCUGGGCUUGGGGUCUUUCUGUGUGGAGUUUGCAUGUUCUCCCAGUGACUGCGUGGGUUCCCUCCGAGUUCUCCGGCUUCCUCCCACCUCCAGAGACAUGCACCUGGGGAUAGGUUGAUUGGCAACACUAAAUUGGCCCUAGUGUGUGAAUGUUGUCUGUCUGUGUUGGUCCUGUGAUGAGGUGGCGAUUUGUCCAGCCUAAAUGCAGCUGGGAUAGGCUCCAGCAUUGCACCCCGUAACCCCCGAAAGGGUCAAGCGGUAGAUAAUGGAUGGAUAUAUGUCCAAAACCUCAAAAUGACAAUAAAACAUGCAAGUCCUUGCCAACAGCCCUUCACACUGUCACACUAUCCUUGUGUUUUGGUCACAUUUUCCCAAAAUAAUUGAAAUGAUCUUGCGGACUACAAAACUGGUGUAUGAUGUAUAAAAUAUGUACUAAUAUGUUUUCAGAAGGUGUCCACAGGAUUGAAACCUAUAUAUAUGACUUAACACUUCAUAGAUUUCAAAACGUAUUUAAAAAGAUAUUAUGAAAAAAAUAAAAUAAAAUGUCUGUUCUCAAACACGUAUUUGUAUAUCUUCUCAAUUGCUCUGUACACUUCUAUCCUAAUUAUUGUUGUUCUAUUUUCUUGUAUUAGAUUGAUUAACAUUGUGUUUUUUGUAAAUAAGAUAAUAAAAAAUUGUUAAACAUUUUUAGGCCACUUCUGUGCGUAUAAGUCAUACGUCAGCAGCCAAGA